UUGGACCUGUUUUGGUGUUCUGCAGGUACAGUCCGACACGUGACCCAUUCAUCCUUCAUCAUCCGGGGUUUUCAAGGGAAAGUCUUCCUGACUUCCUGCUCCAGAAGAGUAGCUGAAAGUCUCAUAGUGACGUCAUAUGACUCAUUUGAAUCGAUUUGCAUAUCCAUAUCCCAGACUCUGGAUAAGGGUUUAGGGUGCUGGUUUUAGCGGAAAAAUGGAAUGCAAUGUUCUUUUUCAAGAAAUGGGGGCGUGGCUUUAAUGCUGCUUGACUCUCAUUGGGUGGUGGGUCGUAAACAGUAGAGUGUGUGGAUGCUGGUUAUUUUGAUGGCUUUGUCAAAGUGCUUUGUCUGUGUGUGGUUGCCUCCAGAAGCAUAAGCAUAACUUGAUUAUGGUGGUUUCUUUGUUGCAAUACAACUCUGUUGAGUGUGUGUGUGUGUGUGUGUGUGUGUGUGUGGGUGGGUGGGCAAAUCUUUUGAGUGAGAUCCGGCUUCUCCUCCUGCAUACGCUUCCCAUUGUGCUGCGAAUUCUUCCAAUCAGAAACAUCAGAGCGAGUUCCUGAUCGCAGGACUGGUUGGAGUUCCGAGUAUGUGAGCAGCAGUUCUGUCUAUAUAUAAACAGCUGCAAAGAAAAUUUAUUGAGUGCAAACAUUCAGUCAAGCAGUGAUGUAGGUGAGAAGCUGAGGAGGAUCCUGGGGUUGAUGAUCUCUGGAAACCGGUAUGCAAAACAGUGUGCGCAGUUCAAGACACAAAACUCGUGUUCUCCUGCUGAGGGAGAGGGACGAGGCUGAUUUCAUUGCUGGUUCACUUCUGCAGCAUCUGUCUGUGCAAACACUGAGUCACUGUUUAGUAUUGAGACACGUAUUUUUCUGACACAGGGAUGAUGAUGGUGACCCUCAGCUGGAUCGCAGCUCCUCGGCUGCUUCUCCUGUGCCUGUUUCCCCACGUUGCCUGGACGGCCACCUACAAGGAAGGCGAUCCCGUCAUGCUUUACGUCAAUAAAGUGGGACCGUAUAAUAACCCCCAGGAAACCUACCAUUAUUACACGCUGCCUGUCUGCAGACCCAAAGAGGUGCGCCAUAAAGCCUUAAGCCUGGGAGAGGUUUUGGAUGGAGACCGGAUGGCAGAGUCUUUAUACAAAAUCCGCUUCAGGGAGAACACCGAGAGACAGACGCUGUGUCAGCUUUCACUGUCGGAGAAAGAGGUGGACCAGUUGAGAGAAGCAAUUGAAGAGCUGUACUACUUCGAAUUUGUCCUCGAUGAUAUUCCAAUCUGGGGCUUUGUAGGAUAUAUGGAGGAAAGCGGUUUCCUGCCUCACAGUCACAAGGUUGGCUUGUGGACCCACCUGGACCUCAAUAUUGAGUAUAACGGCAACUCCGUGAUCUUCGCCAACGUGUCUGUUAAAGACGUAAAGCCGGUGCCUUUGGAGGAGGGUGGAGGUGACGGGGCAAACCCUAACAGCGGAGGUCUCUCUCUGACCCACACCUACAGCGUGCGCUGGUUCGAGAGCCCCUUAUCCCACGCUCGCAGAGCCGAGCGCCUCCGAGAUUACUCCUUCUUUCCCAAGACUCUGGAGAUCCACUGGCUGUCGAUCAUCAACUCGUUGGUGCUGGUGGUGCUGCUGCUGGGCUUUGUGAUCAUCAUCCUCAUGAGGGUGUUAAAGAACGACUUUGCCAGAUAUAACGUAGAAGAAGAUGGGACCUGUGACGAUCUGGACCAGGGCGAUAACGGCUGGAAGAUCAUUCACACCGAUGUCUUUCGAUUCCCACCGUACAAAAGCUUGCUGUGUGCAGUACUGGGAGUGGGAGCGCAGUUCCUCACUCUGGCCAGCGGGAUUAUCAUCAUGGCGCUGCUGGGGAUGUUUAACGUGCAUCGUCACGGCGCCAUAAACUCGGCGGCCAUCGUGUUGUACGCGCUGACGAGCUGCGUGUCGGGAUACUGCUCGUGUAGCUUCUACACCCAAAUCCAUGGACAGCGCUGGGUGUGGAACAUCAUCCUCACCUCCACACUGUUCUCCGCGCCUCUCUUUCUGACCUGGAGCGUCGUGAACUCCGUGCACUGGUGGAGCGGUUCCACGCAGGCUCUCCCAGCAUCUACGGUGCUCCUCCUGCUGGGCGCCUGGGUGCUAGUGGGUUUUCCCCUUACGGUCAUCGGGGGAAUCGUGGGUAAGAACCGGGCCGGGAGCUUCCAGGCUCCGUGUCGGACGCGCAACAUUCCACGGCAGAUCCCAGUGCAGCCCUGGUACAAACACACGGCUGUGCACAUGGCCAUUGGAGGAUUCCUGCCUUUCAGCGCCAUCUCGGUGGAGCUGUACUACAUCUUCGCGACGGUCUGGGGUCGAGAGCAGUACACGCUGUACGGCAUCCUGCUCUGCGUCUUCGCCAUCCUGCUGUCCGUCGGAGCCUGCAUCUCCGUAGCGCUGACCUACUUCCUGCUGUCGGGUGAAGAUUACCGCUGGUGGUGGAGGAGCAUCCUGAGCACGGGAUCCACCGGUCUGUUCAUCUUCGUCUAUUCGCUUUUCUACUACUGGAAUCGCUCGAGCAUGAGCGGCCUGGUGCAGAGCAUGGAGUUCUUCGGCUACUCGCUGCUCACCGCGUUCGUCUUCUCGCUCAUGCUCGGGACCGUGUCCUUCUGCGCCUCGCUGGCGUUCAUCCGGUACAUCUACCGCAGCCUGAAGAUGGACUGAAGAAGGCUGAGGGAAGAGAAGGCGCUUGUGCACUACCCCCUUUAUUCGCUUGCUGGACACGUCAUCAAACCUUUUUCGAUUUUAUGGAAAUUCCGAGGUUUUUCUCGCAGACGGACCGGAUCUUCGUACUCCGAGAUAAAUUAUAAUAGAUUUGCUUACGAUAUUUUUUAUUUGAAUAACAGCGGAGUGAAAAAAACCUGCAUGUUUACUCUGAACAGACGGCGAAUCGGACUUCCAGAACCGCAGAACUGAUGCUCUCGGAAAUCCAGAACCGGUUUAACGCAUAGCUUGUGGGAUGUGUGUGUGUGUGUGUGUGUGUGUGUAUAAAAACUAUAUACAGUGAAGAUCACCCUUUAACUAAAUACAUUUCAGAAUCACUGGCACUUUGAUUCCAUGAGUAGGUUUCUGCUGAAAAGUUGAAAAAGAGGAUGGAAAUUUGGGAAAACCGCUUUCCAGUAGCUCCUAGUUUAUUGCUGUUAAUCUGCACCUGGUUCGAAUCUUCUUAAUAAACCGGCAGAACAUCCCAGUUUUCCCUGGUUGUCCAGUGGACGUUCAUCUCUCACUGAAAUAACGCAGUUCUGAUCUAAAACCCAAACGGCGAGAAGAACGGCUGAGGAAAACCUGGAUCUCCUGCGCCGUGGAAGAGACCGUAGUGAGAAGAACCUUCACCUCCUACUGCUUUCUGACAGACGAAACCCUCCGUAAUCGUCUUUCGUGCUUCUUCCUUCUCAUCUUUCCAUGAGCUUUUUGUUGAAGUGCCUUGAUAAAAACCAUGCUAGUAGAGCGAUGGAACGUCCCCCAGCUAAUAUUCCUUUAGAUUUUGAAGUGCUCAGAAGAAAUUGAUUCGGAUCUCCACUGUAUGUAAAUAUUUACAUGUACAAAAGGGACAGGGUUUGUUUUUAAUACACAGGAGUGGAUUUUUAUAACGUUUUAGCAGAAUUAUAACUAUAAAGUGGAAACCGUCGCAAUGAUAAGAUGUUCUAUUUAUGCUAGGCUAAAUCUAGUGUUAGCAAAAGAAAAACAGGAGCCGUCUCGUGUAAGGUCUGUUAUUAGCAGAGUUGACCGGUUUCUGGAGCGAAUGAGGGUUUUGUUUUGUGUUUCCAGACAUGAAGAAUGUGGGACAUGGGAGCAAUAUGGUCUGUUAUAGUCACCAUUUACUGUGAUUUUAUUUCAGAUGUACAGACACACAAACUUUUCAAUAAAGACACGUUUUUUUCAAAAAUAAA